GUCGUCAGCGGGGCGCCGGCGGUGACGUCAGUGGCGCGCCGGGCGGCGGCGCGGAGUCCCGGUGUCUUGCGCGUGGGGCGGCGGCGGCAUGGAGCGGGACCCCGGGCCCGGGGGCGCGCGCCGGGCGCUGGGCCGCUUGCUGGAGGCGGUGCUGGCGAGCCGCGGCGAGGCCAACGCCGUGUUCGACAUCCUGGCCGUGCUGCAGUCGGAGGACCAGGAGGAGAUCCAGGAAGCCGUGCGCGCUUGCAGCCGCCUCUUCGGGGCCCUGCUGGAGCGGGGAGAGCUGUUUGUGGGCCAGCUGCCCCCUGAGGAGACAGUCAUGGCAGGGUCCCAGGGCGCCACACGGAAGUACAAGAUGUGGAUGAGGCAUCGUUACCACAGCUGCUGUAACUGUUUGGGGGAGCUCCUGGCCCACCCCUCCUUUCAGGUCAAAGAGCUGGCCCUUGGAACGCUCAUGAAGUUCGUGCAGCUGGAAGGAGCACACCCCCUGGAGAAACCCAAGUGGGAGGGCAACUAUCUGUUCCCGCGCCCGCUCUUCAAGAUGGUGGUGGAAGGCCUGCUCUCGCUGGAGGAGGACCGCUCGCUGCUCCUCUCCCAGUUCCGGGAGUACCUGGAACACGACGACAUCCGCUACCACACGAUGCAGGCGGCCUCAGACGUUGUGGCCCGGGUUGCCAAUGGACACCCUGAGGUACCCCUCAUUUUCUGCAACAAUGCCUUCAUGCUGCUGUCUGCCGUGAGCCUGCCCCGCCAGGAGAGUGACAUCUCCAGUUUCUACGUGAGGCGCACAGAGUUGUUGGACAAGUGGAAGGUUACUCACCUGAAGGAGCACAGGAGGGCCUUCCAGCUGAUGUGGCUUGGUUUUCUCAAACACAAGCUGCCCCUCAGCAUCUGCAAGAAGGUGCUGGUGAUUAUGCACGACUCCAUCCUGCCGCACCUGGCCCAGCCCAGCCUCAUGAUUGACUUUCUCACCCGAGCCUAUGACAUUGGGGGUGCCAUCAGUCUCUUGGCCUUGAACGGACUUUUUAUCCUCAUUCAUAAGCACAACCUGGAGUACCCCGACUUCUACCGCAAGCUCUACGGUCUCCUGGACCCGUCCGUCUUCCACGUCAAGUACCGGGCCCGUUUCUUCCACCUGGCCGACCUUUUUCUGUCCUCCUCCCAUCUGCCCGCCUACCUGGUGGCUGCCUUUGCCAAGCGCCUGUCCCGUCUGGCCCUGACGGCGCCCCCCGAGGCCCUGCUCAUGGUCCUGCCCUUCAUCUGCAACCUGCUGCGCAGACACCCGGCCUGCCGCGUGCUUGUGCACCGCCCCGGGGGCCCUGAGCUGGAUGCUGACCCCUAUGACCCCGGAGAGGAGGACCCAGCCAAGAGCCGAGCCCUGGAGAGCUCCCUCUGGGAGCUGCAGGCUCUCCAGCGGCAUUACCACCCUGAGGUGUCCAAGGCCGCCAGUGUCAUCAACCAGGUGCUGUCCGUGCCCGAGGUCAGCCUCGCGCCACUCCUGGAGCUCACUGCCUUUGAGGUGUUCGAGCGGGACCUGAAGAAGGGGCCCGAGUCGGUGCCGCUGGAGUUCAUCCCGGCCCGGGGCCUGCUGGGCCGGCGGGACGAUCUGUGCGCCCAGCACUUCACGCUUAGCUGACCCAGGCGGGUGCCCUGCCUCCCCCCCAAUAAAUGGUUUUGUAGGAGAGUGACUCAGCUGGGCCGUGGGUGGGCGGGCAGGGGCCUGGGGGCGCUGAUCCCUCGCUUGUGUCUUCCCUAGGGACAGGGCUGGCGUCAGCAGUGCUGGCCACGCUCGGAGGGUGCCUUCUCGUCCACUUGCAGCCCCGCAUGCCCGCUGUGCUGCAGGCCUCCUUGGAGGGCGCUGCCCAUGGGCCCUCCCUUCUCUGUAGCCAAGGCGGCCUGUCUGGAGGGACCCAGAGGAACAGCCUCUGCCCUGGGGCUCCAGCCAGGCAGGGUCACAGCUGUGCUGGGCAGCGCCUUCUGCUGGGCCCCAGGAGUCUCCCGGCUCUGGCAUCCCUCGCGUCCUGGGCUGGGCCACACCCCUGCUGGUGCAGCCCCUGGACCUUGCCUGCUACAGUUAGCCUCUGUGACCCGGGAGUGACUAGAGGGGCUCUCUGGCCGGGUCGGUUGUGGUGGGAAGCACAGAGUGGGCACAAGCCAUCGCAGCCAGGCCCCGUGGAGGACCGGGAACCACCCGUGGUCCUAGGUAUGCGGGUGGGUGUCAAGCAGCAGUGCAUCCUGGGAGUGAGAGACAGUCACAGCUGGGGGCCAGUCCUUCCCUCCCCUUCCCCAGCAGAGUGGACACCCAGCAGCCCCAGGCCCACGGCACGGUUUUGCUUCCAGUAGGGCUGUUUCCACGAGGCCCCACUUCUCCCAGGCGGGCCGGGUUCUGCGUCGGUGGCAGCACCCGAACUUUCCUUUUGCAAACCUGUUUGUUCAGAUGAGGGGUGCUGGCUCAUGCAGCGUGGCAGGGACUGAUGGAAAUGCGGGCAGGGGUGAGCCAAGGGGCUGGGUGUCACUGGCCUGAGGGGAGGGAGAGAGCUGCUCCCGGCAGCCCCGUUUCCACGCUGUGCUCCUGGGACACCCUCUCCUGCCGGCACCCCCACCCCAGGGGAGCCAGGCGUGAGCUUGCAGCAGCUUCCGGUGCCCUGGGAGUCACAGCGGGGACUAAUGCAGCAGUUUGGUCUCCAGGGGGCUGCUCCACCAGCCCAGGACCCCAGUGCGCCUGCGCCCAGCGGAGGCUUGGAGGCAGGUGGUGGAGCAGAAGGUGUAGUCCUUUCCCCUCCACGUACACAGAACCCUGUGUGACUUGGGACACUAGCUGGCCUACCCUUGCUCAUCCUGCCAAGCUGGUUCCUGCCCUGGGGCCUUUGCUCCACCAAGCCCUUCCUCCACAGCUUUCCCCUCCGUUGCCCCCACUAUUCAGACCCCAGGCUGAGCGUGGCUCUGGAGAGGCCUCUCUUGAGCGCCCCCUCUGUAGCAGCACCCCGUGCAUACCACACGGCACCUGCUUCAUCUUCAUGGCCCUGCUGCCCUUCGCUUGUCUGGACUGUCCCCAAGGAUGGGUGACCUGGUCAUCACUGUGCCCCCAGGCCCAGGACUCGUGUGUGCAGAGGGCUUGUGCACGUUUGUGGGGGAUGGUGGCCAGAGUCCUGGGCAGCCUAGCACCUGAAGGGUCAGUGUCCUGGGCUCAGGUGGCUGCCAGAGGCCACCAGGGCCCUGCCUGAGCCUCAGUGCGGGGACACCAGGGGGCAGCGCUGGACGGGGCUGAGACCUCACACUUUGCUCCAGGAAUGUUAUAUGUUUGAUAAUCUGUGAGUUUGUAAGUUACAAAACACCUAAACGGUUUUCUUUGUUUUUUUCCAAGUUCAGCAUUGUGUGUUCUCUGCAAUAAACUGUUCCUGGCGCCCUGGGGCCCCAGGGCCAGGCAGCUGCGCUC